AUGGCAUCCAAAGCUCAUCCGUCGGCCAAGGCGCCGUCCAAGACCAUGCUCAACCUGGGCAACCUCCCGCCGAGGCAGAAGCAGGCAGAGAACAAGCCAGCGGCUUAUCUCGUACGCCCACUCGUGUCAACCCUACCCCCCUGGCCCGCAUACCGUGGCUACCACGAGUACUCGUUCGCUCAUGUAAGCCACGAUGGGCGUGCGCCUGCCAACUAUUUUGGCCAGGCGAUCAACGAUGUUUACCAGACGCUUAACCAGGAGUACGACGAGGGGCGUGUCCUCGACCUCCUCGACUGUGUCGAGCGCAUGCAGCAGCUCAUGGACGACCUCCACGGCAACGCCAAGCUGCGCCCCAUCGUCGACGACGGUGCCGGAGACGUGGCCCUGUGGAACAAGGAGAUUGCAAAGUUCUUCCGCGGCAAGGACUUUAUGAACGCUCCGUGGCUCUUUGCCGAGGCGUACAAGUACCGUCGUUCCGCGACAGAUCCAUCGUCGACGGAGAAGAACAAGCUCAUCUUCCUCGAACUCACUCAGAUCGACGGCGGCGAGCACCUCGCCGCCACUGAGAAGAACAUUCUCGGCAACGACUUGCACAAGCUCGCCGACUAUGUCCUGACCCUCAAGGGCGGCCGUGUCGACUUUGUGCUUGACAAUGCCGGUUUCGAGCUCUACUGCGACCUGGUCUACGCCGACUGGCUUAUCCAGGCCGGUAUCUGCUCGCAGAUUGUCUUCCACGGCAAGCGUAUUCCCUGGUUCGUCUCGGACGUCACCCGCAAGGACUGGGACUGGAUCCUCAACACGGCGUGUCUCCACGGCCACCUCUUUGAGGAUGCGCCCGAGGAGGACAUGCACCAGCUCCGCGCGAUGGGCCGCCGCUGGAAGCAGUACGAGAAGGAGGGCAAGUGGAAGUACGAGCAGCACCCGUUCUGGUGCACCGGCUUUUCGUUCUGGGACCUCAACAACGAGGCCCCGACCUGUUCCAGUACCUCUCCGAGUCGGACCUCGUCAUCUUCAAGGGCGACCUCAACCACCGCAAGCUCACUUAUGACUGCCACUUCCCAUCCAGUCGACGUUCCCCAACGCUAUUGGACCCAUGGCCUCGGACCCCGGUGCGCCGCCCGUGUGCUCGCUGCGCACCAUCAAGUCGGACGUGGUCGUCGGCAUCCCGAGGAGGUGGGCGCGCGUCUCGACGAGGAAGAGCCGGAUGGAAGAUUUCGGGCAAGUACGCCGUCGUCUUGCUCUCGGCCGGCAACAAGGGCAAGGACAGCGCCAUCGCCGCACAGGUUUAGGGUUAGGGGUGGGGGAGAGGACCGAGUCCCGCAGAGACCACACGAGUGUGCAGUCUCAUAG